AUGUACAGUGUUCAAGCCGCUCUGAAUUUUGUUGUGGAGAAUGUAGGCCCCCUCCUGGAAAAUGCCUCUGACCACACACGGGUUGCCACAGUUAAUGUGUCUCUCUCACCUCACACUUCCCUGCUUGGAGAUCCUGUUAUUCUUAAUGCCAGCCCCGUGGUGCAUCCUUUUGUGCUGUCUCGUAGAUCCUCACAUCUGUGGGAUUUAUUCAUCACUGGAGUACCCCAGUUGGACUUUGAGGAAGUAGCACUCUAUUCCUUGACAAUAUAUGCCAAAGACAGCCAUGAAGCAACAGCAUCACAGACCAUUUUUGUCCAGAUUGAAGAUGUGAAUGAGCCGCCUGCUUUCACUGGUUCGCUUGCCCGGGAAGAUCAAGUUACUGAGAUUUACAUCACAGAAGACACUGCCCCUGGCACCAUCAUUUACAAAGCAGCAGCCAAGGAUGCUGAGGAUGCUGUGUUGGAGUACUUCAUUUCUCCGGAGAGCUCCAGCUUCACCAUCGACAGCACUGGCACAAUUUCCACAGCAACAGUCUUGGACUUUGAGAGGGACAUGAGAAGUUUUUCAUUGGUUAUUAAAGUGGUUGAUCCUGGCGGACUGUUUGCUACUGGAAAUCUGAAAAUUUUCCUCAUCAAUGUCAACAAUAAGGACCCCACUCUCACCUGCAGCUUAUUUAAUAUUGAAAAUGGGGUCUUGAGUGUUACCUCUACAAAUUCAACUCUGCAUCAUGAAGUCAACAUCAUACUGGAUGAAGAAAUUCCAAUUGGAAAGAUGAUUGCAAUGUGUCAGGCAGCUGACGAAGAUAACUUGGGAGAUUUAACAUUUGGACUAGAGACAGGGGAUGAUUAUUUUGCAAUAGACAAAGAGAAAGGGACUGUGGUUACAACUUCCCGUCUUGAUGUGGAGAAAACUGGAUUUGCAAGUGCUCUGUCCUUCUCCAUUAAGGCAUGUGAUGGUGACCAGAGGUGCGCCAUAAUUCCAGUGACUACCUAUAUUAAUGGCAUUAAUGACAACUCACCUUUCUGCGAUCAAUAUCUGAUUAGGUACACAGGCAAGGAGGAGAUUUCGAAAGACACAAUAAUUGCAAAGCUUGCAUGCCAUGACCUUGACAAGCCUCCCGACACAAUUCAUUAUGCUCCAAGAUCUGGCCCAGUAGGUUCUGGACAACUAUUUGAGCAAGUGCCAAAUGCUGAAAAUUUCAUUCAGGUUACCAAAGAGCUGGAUUAUGAAAACCCGGAGGUGGUUGCAGUAGGACAUAUUUAUGACAUCAUGAUUUCAGUAUUUGAUGACCUACAUCCGUCUCAUACAGUGACCGUGACAAUUCUUGUGGAGAUUGCUCCUGACAAUGAUUUCAGCCCCAAAUUUCAAGCCUCACACUACACAUUUUCCGUUCCAGAAACAUCAGGAGCCUUUUACAAAGUUGGACAAGUGGCUGCCAUUGAUGAGGAUCACCCACCAAAUUGUAUGACAUACAAGAUCAUCAAAGGAGACGUCCAGGCUGUACAAAGGUUCUGGAUUCACCCUUUGUCUGGAGUGAUUGAACUCACCAGUCAGCCAGACUAUGAGUCUGUUAGGCAAUAUAACCUCACAGUGCAAGCUGUGGAUUGUGACAGAGCUCACCCACGGACUGCAGUGGCCAUGGUCACUGUUGACAUUGAAGACGAGAAUGAUGAAACACCCGUCUGCACACCCUAUCUCUAUAAGGCAGUCAUCUCUGAUGGUGUUGUUGCUGGGACAAAUGUCAAUGGCCUCAAAUUAAACUGUCACGACAGAGAUUCACGUGAUUUUGAAAUGCGCUUUGAAAUAGCUUCUGGAAAUGAAAACCUUCAUUUCAAAUUAGAUCCAAGUCGGGGCACAAAUACUCCAAAGUUAAUUGUGAAGAAUCCUUUCAACUUUGAAUCUGGAGCUGACCUGCAGCAGCAAUACCAUCUUGUGGUGCAUGUAAUUGAUGACAACCUGAAGUCUGGCAAAGCCAUCAAACCCAAGACAGGAACUGCUGUCAUAGAUAUUUAUGUGCAAAGAAUCAGCACUCUACCUCCUCCAACCAGUUCUGAACAAAGGAAAGGUCUGACCAUUGUGUACACAGCUAUCAACACAUACAAAAACAGCGACUGGUACGUUCCUUUCAUCUUCACUCUGAUGGCUGUUUUCUUUGCUGGAUUGGUUUUCUGGAUGUGUUUUCUGCUUUGGAGAUAUGGAAACAUUAAAAACUGCUCUCUGAAAAUGACCAAGGAAGACUCCAAAUUGAAACCCAAAGGAGUGAAGUAUGUUGUAGUCUCUGGAAAUGUGUAUGCAUACAACAGCCGAACAGGUGCAAGAAAGUGGAAGACACUGGUUGGUCACCAGGAAGAGUCCUUUGGGAACAUAUACUCCCUCUCGGAGGCACGUCCCUUGAGGGAGUCAACAUCCUUGAAAAUUCCUGUACAGCAACAGCUUCUCUGA